GUUUUUCAUAGCAUCAUCAACAUCACGCCAUGCAUUAUAACUCAUCUUCAACCUAAAACGGGACCAGAUCUCCCAAAAUUCUCAACCUGGCCUGCUGAUGGUUUUCCUGGUUUGACUCGUGCUUACAGAUUCCCUAAACCAUAAAUAUCGGACAGAGGCACGAAAUAUUUUUAUAAAAUUAGAACAUUACAAUGGUGGAUGUAAAUAGUAAUAAGAAUGGUGGGGUCAAGGAAGCCAUGGAUCAAGCUUUCUCCACUCUGCAAACAAUUUUUAGCUAUUUCCUACUUCCGGUUGCAUUGCCGUUCGUCUUCUUUCAGGAAUGUUUAACUUGGUUUAGAGAGAAAGUUGGGCUUAAUAAACGCAGUAUGGAAGGAAAGGUUGUGCUCAUAACAGGAGCAAGUUCCGGAAUUGGAGAAACUUUAGCUCACAAUUUUUACAAUUUGGGAUGCCGACUAAUUUUGGCGUCAAGAAGGAGAGAAGAACUUGAAAGGGUGAAAGAUGACCUCGUUCGUCAAAAGUCGACCGGAUGCAGAGUCUACGUCCCGGCAGUGUUGGAAAUGGACCUCGGUGAAAUUAAAGCCAUUCCUGCCAAGGCGAAAGCUGCUCUCGCAAUUUAUGAACGGAUCGACAUUCUCGUCAACAAUGCUGGGAUUCUGCAUACCGGAAAUGUGCUAGCUACUGAUAUCGAGGUGGAUAAGAAGAUCAUGGAUGUAAACUAUUUCGGAACACUUUCACUCACAAAAGUUGUCGCCAAUAGCAUGAAGGAGAAGAAAUCCGGUCACAUAGUUUUCAUGAGCAGUGUUUCCGGCAAGAUUGCAACCCCACACAGUUCGGCUUACUGUGCGUCGAAACACGCCAUGCAAGCUCUCGCCGACAGCCUUCGUGCAGAAGUUGCCGAUGACGGGAUCGAAGUGACCUCGAUCUGUCCAGGUUACGUCAAAACCAACAUUUCCGUAAAUGCCUUGACCGGAUCAGGCUCAACUUUUGGACGAACCUCGAAAAACAUUGCGACCGGACUUUCUCCUCAAGUUGUUUGUGAUCGGGUGGUGAAAGCGGUCCAAAACGGAGAGAAGGAUCUCGUCAUUUCUCCCUGGAUUCCAAAGAUUGCUAUAUUUCUGCGAUAUCUGACCCCGAAUUUGUUCUUUUACUUGAUGCGAAGAAUGGCUAGAGCUUACAAUAAAAGAGAUAAGGAUGAAAAUUCGUCCAAACAGUAAAACAAAAACUUUCCACUAAUGUAAGGUACCUUACAUUAUAACAUAACAUUGUCACUUGUCACAAAAAUGCAACGAAACCAAAAACUCUUGUUUAAUGCAAUUAUUAUAUUAGGAAUGGCGUAUAAUUAACUGUUUAAUAAACUAAAAUCAUUUACUAUUUGAA